UAUCCCUUCUCUACACUGUGUUGAGCUUCACACAACCGUCUCAGUUCCUGCCUUUGUGGUGAAGGAAAGAUCGGACCCGUAUAAGCAGACAUGGCCUUCAGUGGAACGUGGCAGGUGUACGUUCAGGAGAACUACGAGGAGUUCCUCAGGGCUAUCUCACUGCCAGAAGAAGUCAUCAAGGUAGCCAAAGAUGUCAAGCCUAUAACCGAGAUCCAACAGAACGGCAAUGACUUUGUCAUCACAUCCAAGACACCUCGUCAAUCUGUCACAAACUCCUUCACCAUCGGCAAAGAGGCUGAUAUCACCACCAUGGACGGCAAGAAGCUCAAGUGCAUUGUCAAGAUGGAGGGAGGCAAACUCGUCUGUCAGACCGACAAGUUCUCACACGUGCAGGAGAUCAAGGGCGGAGAGAUGAUUGAGACUCUUACAGUGGGAGGAACUACAAUGAUUAGGAAGAGCAAGAAGAUCUGAGGUGACCCUGACAGAGGUGUGACGGCGGAAAGAAUCUGAUUGGCUAUUUAAAUAAAAACAUUAUUUGAUUGGAUGA